CUUUAAAAGCUCAGGCGUUGCUCAGCGAGCUUCAGACCUCUAGCAGAGCGGAGCAGCCGCCUCACACUCUCUCCUCUAUACGGACUCCAUCCAUCCAUCCAUCCAUCCACCCAUCCAGGCAGGCUCACCCUCACAAGCCAGAAACAAGCAGCUGUUCAGGAGGCUCCAGGCGAAAUGAGACUUCAGACGGUGCUGUUCCUGCUGCUGCUGGUCAGCAUGGUGGCAACGCUGGGCGCCGCCACGCAGAAUCUGGGCUCCGAGAUAAGAAGCAGAUUUAGCGUGUGGUUGAUGAGCAGAAUGAAAAGACACUCGGGGAAGGUGCUGGCGAUGAGCCAGGAGGAGCGGCCGGAGCUGCUCGUAAGAGGAGAAGACGUCAAAGACACCUUGGAUCUCCAUUCCAGCCCCUCUGACUUCAAUGUCCGGGUCAGGAGGUCCAAAGGCACCUCCAACCAGAGCUGGAGGCAGGGCUGUCCCAUCGCCACCUGCACUGUGCACAUACUAGCACACCGACUCAGCGAGCUCAGCAACCAUCAGAAUGCUAACAGCGCCCCCUUGGAGAAGAUCAGCCCAGGGGGCUACGGCCGGAGACGGCGAUCGCUGGCUGGGGGUCGCCGUCGGGGGGCGUCAUUCCUGCAGACAUGAAUUACGGAUUGCCAGCGCAGAGCCGAAACACAACCCAAUUCCACCACCGGGGGGAGGCUGGGCACAAGGACUACCCCAUAAGGUGUAGAGGAGCAUCAAUGCCAGAGGACUGAGGGACAUCUGCUCCCCCCUCCGAGGAAGGAUUGGACAGCAGGACUCUGGGAUGCUGUCUCACGCCCCAGGGCUCCACCCACACAUCAUGUGACAGCCUGGACCUCACUGUCACCUGAUAAGCAUCUCCUUGGAAGGACAAGGCAGACCUUAUAUAGAGACUCCAAAAUGUGCAAUGCAUGUUGGGACGGGAUCCUGGAGUGAAUCGCAGAAAGCGACCUCCAGGCCGGCGUUAUACUUGAACUUAUUAUUUCUGUCAAAGAAUGUGCAAUCUGUCUGUAUAUAAAUAUAUUUUAUAUAUUGACCUUUUAUUGUAUAUAAGAUGAAGUAUAUUAAUAAGUCAUUAUUUAUAUGUUUUAUAUAUGUCACUUGUACUCACGGAGAACUAUUUUUAUACAUGAAAGAUCUAUAAGGGCAUUGUAUCAUUUGAAGUUUUUUGUUUCAUGGAAAUAUUGUUUAAACUUGUGAUAAUCCAAAAAGCAUCAUUGAUCUACUCCAUCCUGUGUACACGUGGUUUAUCCUAGAUGUGUCUGCCAUUAAACUUUUGCUGAAUGAUU